AUGAAGAAGGGGCAGGCAGCGCAAGGUAACAGCAAGGCAGUGAUCUCUGUUCUCAUGACGAUGCAGCGAACUGCAGAGGCGGCACACCAAGCAACCCAGCGGCGCAUCUCGCAGAUGCUCCAGCAGGCAUAUGCGGACUUGAAACCGGGAACCAUGUUCAAGAGCAAGGAUGGUGUGUUACGUGCUUUCACAGCCGUCGCUGUGUUCCAUGAGAUGGAUGCAACCACCGUGUACGCUUCGGACACUUUCGCCAUUCGUGUCAUCUGCAGCAACGAGAAGAGGCGCCAGGAUGCGCUUAACAUGAACGCAAGUGACCCUUCCCCGCUUGGGUGUCUCUACUGCUGUACCAGCACGAUACAGCCUUGCGGAAGCAAUCGGACAGUCACAUCCCAGACGCUUGCGCGCGUUGACCAGGCCAUCCUUGGUACUGGUCUCCAGAUGGUGCAGGUGGCACGAGAAAGACAGUGA